GUUAUCUAGAAAUGGAGCAGCCAGAAAAUAAUAAAACGGAAGAGCCUCAAAUUAUAAAACUUGCAGAAGUAGAUGAGGCUGAAGACCAGAGUUCUAGUGGGCAUUCCAGGUCAGAAGACGAUGCUGAAGAAACUUACCCCAGUAUCGAAAAUGGUAAAGUGAAGGUAGACGACAAGUCCCAAGCCGAAGCACCUACUGGUUCAGACCCUGAACAAGAACAGAAAGAAGAGGAAGAAGAGUCUGAACAAGAGGACGAAAAUGAUAACCCUGUUGAAGCUAAAGAUUUCAUGUACUUUAAACGGCAGAAGAAAUUUGAGAAAUUCGUCUCCCAAUUAGGCAAAAAUAAACAAAGUUUUGGAGCACUUGAAGGUUUUAUUGGCGGUGAAGUUUGUGAAGAUGAAAAAGAAGAAACUAAACUGGAAAAGGAAAUAGUUGGAUUUGAUACAAGAUUUCGAUACACUCGGGAAGGCCUUAUGGUCUAUGAUGUAUACUCUCAAAUCACCCUUGAUGCAAGGAGAGAUGAGAACAAAGGAAUCAGUGCUAAGGAGUAUAACUUCUUUUGAAAUUUCUUGCCCUCUAAUUCUCAUGAUGAUGAAGAAAAACAUCAUUGAUAUAGUAAGUUUAAAUCAUACAGUAAUGCUCUUGCUCCUUUUGCAGGACUAGAGUUUGCAACCGAGCUAGAACGUAGAAUAUACGAAUUCUUGCCACCAUUUAAGCGAAAGAAGGAGCAUCCAAAGGUGAAAGAACUUCUAAUUCCAAACACUGAGAACGUUCUUUUCUUUAACAGUGAGUUUGAAAGUGGAAAUCUUGAGAAGGCCAUCAGGAUCUCUGACUUUGAGUACAAUCUGUACCUUGAAUUUGACAAAAACUCCAGAAACCACACUCAAUGGUACUAUUUUGCAUGAAGAAAUGUCAAGAAGGGAAUAACUGUUAAAUUUAACAUCAUUAAUCUAUUGAAGGUCGACUCCUGAUAUAAUGAAGGCAUGAAACCUUGAGUUUACUCUAAGAAAAGAGAAGAAGUAACCAAAGUUGGUUGGCAUAGGAGAGGAUUUGAUAUUUCUUACCGCAGGAAUGCCUCUCGGAAAACCCCUAUCAUCACUAAGGCUAUAGAUGAGAUCAAAAAUGAAGAUAUGAGGACAGAGUUUUACCACAGAAUGAAAGUGUUACAUACCUUGACAUUUUCAUAUACUUUCGAGUACGAAGACGACAUAGUGUUUUUCUCACAUUUCUUCCCUUAUACCUUCACAGACCUAGAAAGAUACCUUGCCAAGAUUAGAUCCGACAUAAGCACUAGGAAAUUCCUAAGGGUCGAUAUUCUUUGAAAGUCAUUAAGUAAUAAUCCCUGAUAUGCAUUGACAAUUACGAACAAGAUAAAGACUUAUCUUGGCAGCCAAGAUGAGGCCAUACUUCUUUAAGAA